AGCAGGUGCAAUCUCAGACUGGAACAGCAGAGAGUGACCAGGCCAGAAAUAUUUAACAGCCAUGGGAGCCGUGACAUGUUUGAUGGUUACAGUUGUUGGCUUGAAUGCAAUUGCUGCUGCAGCAGGACUGGCGUUAUCUGCGGUGGCCAUUUGGGUCGCAGUGGAUGGAUAUAAACUCUACCCGAUUUCUGGUGUAUCAGGGAAAGACGACAUCUUUGCUGGAGCCUGGAUUGCCAUAUUUACAGGCUUUGCGUUCUUCCUCACAUGCAUCUUCGGCAUCUUCGCUGCCCUGAAAAGGAGCCGUGCACUCAUGCUGGUGUACCUUAUCAUAAUGUUCAUCAUCUUUUUGUUUGAGUCCGCGUCUGCCAUCACAUCAGCAACCAACCGGGAUUAUCUGGUUGGGAACAGCAACCUUGUAAAGAAACAGAUGCUCCAGUAUUAUGCAGACAGCAGCACACAAGGACAGCAGAUUACAAUGACAUGGAACAACGUGAUGACUCAGGUCCAGUGCUGUGGAGCUGACGGCCCGACGGACUGGAUACAGUAUAACUCCACCUACAGGCAGUUGUUUGGCGCUGCAUCUCUAUGGCCCCUCGGCUGCUGCAAGAGACAGAGUAGUAACUUUGAGGUGGUAGAUCCUAUAGGCUGUAAAGCUGGCGUGACGAGCAGCAUGUUCACACAGGGUUGCUUCCAGUACAUUGAAUCGGUGUUAAGCCGUUAUACCUGGGCUGUGAGCUGGUACGGUUUCUCCGUUCUCAUGUUGGUGUUUUUCACAUUAGUGAUCGCCAUGAUUUACUACACACAGCUGCCCUAACAGCACGGACUCUUCAAGAUGUCUACAUUUCCCACACAUCUGCUUCCACUCACAUGCAAUUAAAUAAGUAUACCAAGAAUUGCAGAUUGCACAUUAUAAUAAAGCACAUGGAUAAUUCAUAAGACAAGAAAAAGUGUCUUGCAGCAUGACAAUUAUGAACAACUUUUUAUUUUUUAUUCCUGUCUACAUGCCAUUUUUAUGAUUUGGUAUAAUUUGCACGUUUUAAUUUGAUGCCACGAAGGGAAUGUUAGAUCAAAAACAUUAAUGAGCAUAAUGAACUGCGGUAAUGCUUGAAGUUUUAAUUGAUCAGCAGUGAUCAUCCUCUCAUGAUUGGCAACAAAAUAUUUGCUUUUUAUUUUAAGUAACUGAUCCUUAUUUUAUUUUACAUGUUUUAUAAAUAAACAAUAGCAUGGGGUUAUUUUAAAUGUGCAAUGCACUAGGAUCUCCAAGCGAUUGUUUUCAUUUACUUGAUGCCUCAGUCUACACUUUUCAGGGUUUCUGCAGGUUUUAUUAAGUCCAAUUUAAGACCAUUAAGCAUGAAAUUUCAGAGUUAUACACUACCUGACAAAAGUCUUGUCGUUAAUCCCAGUUGUAAAAGCAACAAAUAAUAACUUGACUUCUAGUUGAUCGAUUGGAAAAGUGGCUUAGAUUUGUCUGAUGAAUCAUCUGUUGAACUGCAUCCCAAUCAUCACAAAUACUGCAGAAGACCUACUGAAACCCACAUGGACCCAAGAUUCUCAUAGAAAUCAGUCAAGUUUGGUAAAUGAUAAAUCCUGGUUUGGGGUUAACAUUCAGUAUGGGGGUGUGCGAGAGAUCUGCAGAGUGGAUGGCAACAUCAACAGCCUGAGGUAUCAAGACAUUUGUGCUGCCCAUUACAUUACAAAACACAGGAGAGAAAACUCUUCAGCAGGAUCAAAGUUCUUGAAAGCAAAGAAGGUCAAUGUGCUCAGGGACUGGCCAUCCCAAUUACCAGACAAGAACAUUAUUGAGCAUGUCUGGGGUAAGAUGGAGAAGGCAUUGAAGAUGAAUCCAAGUAAUCUUGAUGAACGCUGUGAGUCCACUAAGAACCCUUUCUUUGCCAUUCCAGAAGACUAUAAAGUCAUAUAAGUGAUUUGAGUCAUUGAGUCAGAGAUGUAUGGAUGCAGUCCUCAUGGGAGUCAGACACAAUAAUAACAUGGCAUGGUCAUAUUUUAUUUUGGUAAAAUAAGUGUAAUCUAGAGGCCUUUGCCUUUAAUUUAAGCCACUUCUGAUACCAAAAUGAUCAACUAGAAGUCAAGUUAUUAUUUGUUGUUUCUAAAACUUGAAUAGACGACAAGACUUCUGUCAGGCAGUGUACUGGGUUAUGGUUUUUUUUUUUUUCUAAUGGCCGGGUAUUAUCAUGAGAAACCGUGUAAUUGUUUUUAGUUUUUAUUAUUAUUUUUUAAAUAUUUUUUUUAUCUAGGGAAUUUGCUGUAAAAAUGUCUUAAGCUGUUGUGAAUUUUAUCUGCAAUAAUAAAAAAAAAACUUAAAAUAAAAAA